AUGUCCAACACAUCUGUUCUCACUCUCAAUACUGGUAAGCAAAUUCCUGCUUUGGGUCUCGGUACAUGGCAAAGUAAGCCCUCUGAGGUCUACGACGCUGUUCUCGCUGCUCUCAAGACUGGAUACAAGCACAUUGAUGCUGCUUUUAUUUACGGUAACGAGAAGGAAGUUGGUAAGGCCAUUAAGGACUCUGGCGUCCCUCGUGAGGAGCUCUUCAUUACCACCAAGUUGUGGAACACUUUCCAUCGUCCUGAAGAUGUCGAGAAGGCUCUUGAAAAGUCUCUCGAAAACCUCGGUUUGGAGUACGUUGAUUUGUACUUGAUGCACUGGCCCGUUGCUUUCCAACCUGGAGAGGACCUCGCUCCCAAGGAUAAGGAUGGUAAGACUCUUUUCGAUGAGACUGACUUUACUGAAACCUACGCUGCCAUGGAGAAGCUUGACAAGAAAAAGGCUCGCGCCAUUGGUGUCAGUAACUUCAACAUCAACAAGCUCGAAAAGCUCGCCAAGACUCAAAAGAUUGUACCUGCUGCCAAUCAAGUCGAGUUGCAUCCUUUCUUGCCUCAAGAUGAUUUAGUCAAGUACUGUAAGGAUCACGGCAUUCUUGUUACUGCCUACUCUCCUCUCGGUAGUACUGAUUCUCCCUUGUUCAAGGAUGAGAAGGUCCUCAAGAUUGCUGAAAAGUACAAUGUGUCUCCUGCUCAAAUCCUCAUUUCUUGGGGCCUUAAGCGUGGUUACUCUGUUAUUCCCAAGAGUGUUACUCCCUCUCGUAUUGAAUCCAACUUCCAAACUGUUGAACUCAAGGAUGAAGAUUUUGAAGUUUUGAAUCAAGUUGUCAAGGCUGAGAAGGCCAAGAGAUUGGUUGAUCCUUACAACUUCUGGGGUGUAGAUGUCUUUGAGGAGCACAACUAG